AUGUUUCUUCUGAAAGAUAAUUUCAAUCCAUCUAGUCAACGAAGUAGUUCACGAUUUUUUGGAAUUGACAGUGUUUUCAAUAGUCAUGAAGUUUCCUGUAAUGAUAAUAUUCACAAUUAUGAAGGUACAUUUAUGGAGAAUUAUGCAACAUCUGGUAGCAGUAUUCAUCCAAUGGAUGUUGGUAAUAAUAAUAAUGGUAUUAACAGCAGCAAUAGCAGCAGCAGCAGCAGGAAUCAUAAGGAUACUAAUUAUGAUAACAACCAGAUGAUAUUUAAACUGGAUGAAAUGUUUGACCAGAUGAAUUUUCACGAUGACACUUCAUCUGAUCAUAGUCGAUCGAAUAGUCCACCGUUAGGUCGUUUACGCAGAGAAAAACCGAAACCCAUAACAAGCAGGCAACAAGUUGAAUUCCCUGGUAUAUUUGUUGAAGGUUUUCGUGCUGGUCAUAUGGGAUUUAAUAUACCUGGUAUUUUACAAGACUCCUUAAAACCAACUGAUUCAAUGGAAGUGAAAAUUAACCUGCCAACUCCAGAAUUCUUUUCUCAGUCUGUCUGGCAAAAUCCAUCACCGUUUAUGAUGAAUUUACCGCAAAAUGAGAAUACCUCUAGUGACAGAGAAGCUUGUCGAAGUAAUGCUAAUGUGAACACUGGUCGUUUUGGUGCUUCAUAUUUACAAUCUGAUAUUCAACACACAACAACAACAAGGACAUCAUCGACGGUGAAUAAUAAUAAUAAUAAUAAUGACAACACGAUGCCUUAUUCAUCUUCAGGUGUUUAUUUCAACUCCAGUCAUAAUUGUCCACGUCCUGGUGAUCCUUGCCUUUUAAAUUCAAUCGAUACAAAUCAGUCUGAUGCUCAUUUAUUGAACUGUGGUACUGAAAGUUACACUGUUUCAUCAAAUCCUUAUUCAUCUAGUCGUUUUCCCAGUGUCUGUGAAGGAAUCUCAACAGAUUCAGGUCUACCGUCUAAUUGUCUAGUACGCUCGGUAAUCUCUGGUCAUAAAAAGAUUGGAGAUAACGAUGAUGAGGAUCGUGUGGAUGGCGUUGAUGGAGGGAACAAUUAUGCUGAACACAAUCGAAAAACCUCGAAUAGUACUAAUCGAUUCUCGCGUUUUGGACACUUUGAUAUACGAUAGAAAGAAAGAAAGAAAGAAAAAGCAUAUAUGGUUAGAGAAAUAUUUCUGUUCAAAAGUUUAAAAAAAACAACAAAAAAAAACAAAUUUAUACAAAUUGCAUUUUUGAUAUUACUAUUAUUAUUUAUUUUUUUGGUUUUCAACUUCUGUUUUAUACAUACACUUGUUUUGUUUAUUGUGCUUCUUUCUAAUAACUAACUGCCCUGUGACCCCCUCAGUAGUAUCGUAUUCAACAGCGACAAAGCCUACAUAUUAGAUAUUUUGUAUACUCAGGAAAAUGUGGCUCACACUAUUAUUAUUAUUACUAUUAUUAUUAAUAUUUAUACUUUAUGAUUGUAAAUGCAUAUUUUGUAUCAUUUGUGAUGCCUAGGAGGAGGAAAAAAUAACAUUAAAAUACACCAUUCGAUCUCAUUACCUUUUAUUAUCUCUUCAGGAUAUUCUAUGCACUAGGCUUCUUAUCUGUUAACCUACUCACUCACUCACUCACUCACU